AUGGCGGCAGCGGGCCAGCUGCCGCGGCUCCUACCGCGCCUGCUGCUGCUGUUGGUGGCAGUCGCCGCCCCUCUGGCCAGCGCACAGACCGCCUGCGAGAUGAACCCGACCGUGGCGGCCUGUGAGAGCUACACUGUGGCAGAGGCGGUGCUGCAGCGGGACCUGGCCAGCCUCUGCGGCAGCUCCCAACUCGGCGGCGCAACUUACUCGGGUUGGCCAGCGGCCUGCACGCUGUGGCACGAGUGCCAGCAGGGCCGCGCCGCACCAGCCAGCUGCCAGCCACUGGCGCUACUGCAGACGGCCUGCAACGAGUCGCCCAUGCUGGAGGCCUGCAUGCCCUACCUGCUGAUGUGCGCCCCACAGUCGGUGGUGCGGCAGUGCGCGCAGCAGCCUCCCAUCCGGCAGCUGCGCUCCUCGAUGCAGCUGUACACGGCGGUCCAGGAGCUGUGCGCUGCAGAUGCCGACCUGCAGGCCGGCGAGUGCCGCAGCUGCAGCGCCCAGACAUUUGACCCAGACAAGGUGACGGUGCAGGCACUGCAGGCCAACUGCGCAGAUCCCCUAGGCUCGCUGGCGGCCCUCUGCCUUGAGGAGCAGGGCCUGAGCGGCAGCACACUUGGCAGCACCGCAGGCGACCAGAACGACACAUGCAGCACCUGGGCCUCCUUCUGCCUGUCGGAUGUCGGCAGCGGCUUCUGGGGCCUGUGCGGCGGCAAGCGCAACGGCACCGCGCAGGCGCCCGCAGCAGCAGCAGUGCCGUCGCCCUCCCCCGUGGCGGCAAGCCCGCCGCCGGUGCAGCUGCUGCAGCCGCCGUCGGAGCGGGCGAGCGCGCAGGGGCAGCUGGUGCCGGGCUCCUCGCUGACGGGCGCAGAGAGCGUGACAGGCACCACGGAGGCCGCCCCGCCUCCCUCGCCACGCCCAGCAACAACAACACCCGCUGGCAGUGUCGCGGCGCCUGCCACAUGCUACGAGGACCCUGGGCUGGAGCGGUGCCGCAGCUUCCAGCAGUCUGACGAGGCCUCAGUGGCUGACAUCCAGCGCCUGUGUGAUGCCAUGCCCAGCAUGGUGGGCUGCGGCCUCUGGGACCAGUGCAGCACCGGCGCAGCAAGCGGCAGCUACUGCCAGCCCUUCAGCGCCCUGGGCAGCAUCUGUCUGGCCAACCCCGCCACCGACGGCUGCCAGCGCUGGGCCUCGCUGUGCACCACCGCCGGCAGUGUGGUGCAGCAGUGCAUCACAGCUGCCCCCAUCCGAACCGUGAUGGGCACGAGCCAGACCAUGGAAGCCGUGGCACAGGCGUGCAGCUUGCAUGGCGCCAGCGUGGCGGGGUGCCAGCAGUGCGCCGCAGGGUGGCGCAGCUGCACCAACCCGCUGGCAGUACUGAGCCGGCUGUGCCUGGCCUCGCCUGAAAUCUCACAGUGCAGCAAUUUUGAGGUCAUGUGCGCCGAGGCGGGCACCACAUUUAGCAGCCUGUGCGGCCGCGGCACCCGCACCAUCGCCAGCGGCAUCGCUGGCAAUAGCAGCAGCGGCGGCAGCAGCGAGGUCCCUGCCACCGCCAGCAGCGGCGGCGGUAACAGCAGCAGCGAGGUGGAGGCAGUGGCGAGGAUGUACCUGCAUGCAUCCAUGUCUGCCAUGAUUUUGUUCAAGUCUUGGGUGCCCUCCUCUGGGGGAGCCUACGUGGCUUCCUGCCUGGCCAUCAUUGCCAUUGCCGUGGUGGCCCUCAAGGCGCUCAACUUGCACCUCGAGGCAUGCUGGGCAACGCAGCUGACAGGGGCAGAUGACUCUGUUGGCGGUGGCGGCGGCUUUGGCAGCUUAGACUAUGGCAGCAGCCCAGCCCGCGCCAGCCUGGACAUAAAGGACCCACGGCGCAGCAGCAACAUGCCCAUGCUGCGGCAGAGCAUGCGGCAGAGCAGCAUGACGCACCAGCAGCAGCAGCACCCUCAGCAGCCCCAGCGGUUCAUCACCCGGCCAGAGGCAAGCUGCGGUUUUGCUGCGCCACUCGCGUUCCUGCAUGCGCGUUGGGCACCAGGCGCCCUGGCGCGCAAUGUCGUGCGGUCUGCCUUGACGGGGGCUGCCGUGCUGCUGGACUACUGCCUGAUGCUGGUGGUGGUCACCUUCAACCUGGGACUCAUCCUCUCCGCAACCCUGGGCUUCUGCCUGGGCGCGCUGGCCUUUGGGCACCUUGGCGAGCGCGUGGCGGCGGCAGCAGCGGCGGCGGCAGUCGAUGUCAGAGCGCCACCCAUGGCGGUGCCGCGCACCACCAGCCUGCAGCCCACCCCAGAGAACGACACGGAUUUGCAGUACAUCACCUCGCACCAGCCCCUCCCGCCGCACACGCUGGGAGUGCGCAUUCAGUAG